GCUGAUUGGCCGGUGGCGCUCGAAUGAUCUGUUCGGAAUUCAGCAGAAGUCCAAGUGAUGAAGAGUGAGUGUAUAAGACAGAAUGAGCCUCUCAUCCGCUUCUCUUUAUCAUCACACACAAACCGUAUGAGUGUGUGAAGUUUCUGCGUAGAGGUAAGCAGCAGUCAGUUUGAUCAGCGAUGGGCGGCGGAGGACAGCAGACGGACCGUAUCUCCGGUACCAAUGGGAGGUUCGGCACGUACACCUGGGAGGAGGUGCAGAAACACACCAAGUCUGGAGAUCAGUGGAUCGUGGUGGAAAGGAAGGUUUAUAAUGUGAGCCAGUGGGUGAAGAGACACCCCGGAGGUCUGAGGAUCAUUGGACACUACGCUGGAGAAGAUGCCACGGACGCAUUCAAUGCAUUUCAUCCCAACCUUCAGCUGGUGAGGAAAUACUUGAAGCCACUAUUAAUCGGCGAGCUUGAGGCGUCCGAACCCAGUCAAGACCGGCAGAAAAACGGCGCUCUCGUGGAGGAUUUCCGAGCCCUUCGCGAGCGUCUGGAGGCUGAGGGGUGUUUCAAAACCCAGCCCCUGUUUUUCAUCCUCCAUCUGGGUCACAUCCUGCUGCUGGAGGCCCUCGCCCUGGUGAUGUUGUGGUACUUUGGAACCGGCUGGAUCAACACGGCCAUCGUUGCCGUUAUACUGGCUACCGCACAGUCACAGGCUGGAUGGUUGCAGCAUGACUUCGGUCAUCUGUCCGUGUUUAAAAACUCACGUUGGGAUCACUUACUGCACAAAUUUGUCAUCGGACAACUGAAGGGAGCGUCUGCGGGCUGGUGGAACCAUCGCCACUUCCAGCAUCACGCUAAACCCAACAUCUUCAAGAAGGACCCAGACGUCAACAUGCUCAACGCGUUUGUGGUGGGAAACGUGCAGCCUGUGGAGUACGGCAUUAAAAAGAUCAAGAAUCUGCCUUACAACCAUCAGCACAAGUACUUCUUCUUCAUCGGACCUCCUCUGCUAAUUCCGGUGUAUUUCCAGUUCCAGAUCUUUCAAAAUAUGAUCGCACAUGGUCUUUGGGUGGACCUUGUGUGGUGUAUAAGUUACUACGUUCGCUACUUCCUGUGUUACACGCAGUUCUACGGUGUGCUUUGGGCGGUGCUUCUGUUUAAUAUCGUAAGGUUCCUGGAGAGCCACUGGUUCGUGUGGGUGACCCAGAUGAGCCACAUCCCCAUGGACAUCGACUACGAGAAACACCAAGACUGGCUUAGCAUGCAGCUGGUCGCGACCUGCAACAUCGAGCAGUCCUUCUUCAACGACUGGUUCAGCGGACACCUCAACUUCCAGAUCGAGCACCAUCUCUUUCCCAUGAUGCCUCGGCACAAUUACUGGCGCGCCGCUCCACGCGUGCGAGCGCUGUGUCACAAAUACGGAGUCGAGUACCAAGAGAAAACCUUGUACGGGGCCUUUGUGGACGUCGUCAGGUCUUUGGAAAAAUCCGGAGAGCUCUGGCUGGAUGCGUACCUCAACAAAUAAAACCUCAUUCGGGGUCAGCGUCAAAAAAACCAGAAAAGCCGAGCAGAAUCCGCCAAUCAGAGGAAGCUCGUCACAGACCAGACGUUAAAAGUCUCCUAACUAAAAGACCAGUCAAUCAGAUUGCUAAAAUGACACGUAGCACUUUUGUUUUUUGGUAUUUGAAGGGUAAUUGUGGCGCUUUGAAUGUGUUUUUAAAGAGACUGAUCGGAAAUGUAGGUAAAGGAGGUGCAAGAAAGUGCAUGAAUGUACCUGGAAGUCGUGUGAAAAGUAGUUUUGCGUAGCUGCAUAGAUGCAUUGAAUAUUUUGAAGGUAAUUUCCGAAGCGCAGUCUUUUUAGUAGUCACUUUAUUUCUGAAAUUUACAAUACAGUGAUUUUUUUAUUUUUUUUUUUAUAAAUAACAUUUGGAGAAACUAGCAGAGGAUAAUACUAAAAGGUUGCACUUCCGGUUUAAUAUAUUGAUUUCCUACUAUUGGUAUCCGAUUAAACUGAUUAAGUCUCA